AUGGUUCUUUUUACUGAUGGAGUGCUAACACAAGAUUUUGGAGGCGGUGGAGCUUUCGGCGGAAAUGGCGGACUGGUAGGAAAUGGAGGAAUAGGUCAACGUUUUAACACUGGACUAGGAGGAAAUGGCGGAAUAGGUGGAGUAGGCGGAAAUCCGGGAGGAGUUGCAAUAGGAACUACUUUUCCGGAUAACACAAUAGAUAACACAAACACAUUUGUAGACGCCACUCCUCCAGACGGAUUAGAUCAAGGUAGACAAGGAUUUUGCUAUUUACCAAGACUACCCGGAAAUUGCCGAGGGAGAUUCCUAAGUUAUUAUUAUGACGCCAUUACUAGAAGGUGUCGUGCAUUCUUCUAUUCCGGUUGCCAGGGAAACGAGAAUAGAUUCCCCAGCAGACAAGAAUGCCAACAAAUUUGCGGCAAUGGUGGGAUUGUGGGUGAUGUCUGUACACUUCCACCCGUUACUGGACCAUGUCGUGCAAGCAUGCGCCGCUUCUUCUAUAAUUCUGCUCUUGGGCAAUGUGAGCCUUUCCGGUAUGGUGGUUGUCAAGGCAACAGAAACAACUUCCAAACUUUCCAAGCGUGUCAGCAGAGAUGUGGUGGAGGUGGCGGGGGCGGGGGUGGUGGUGACGGGGGCGUCUUUCCACCAGGAAGUCCAUGCCUCUUGCAGCAUGCGCAGUCAGGAAAUUGCUUGGGAUUUUUUCCUUCGUGGACGUAUAAUUCCAACACAGGGCGAUGCCAGGAAUUCGUCUAUGGUGGAUGUGGAGGAAACCGGAACCGCUUUAACACACUAAUGGAAUGUCGCCGUGUGUGUGAUAGAAAUGACGGUGGCGGAUUUGUUCCCGGGAUGUGUCGAUUGCCUGGUGACUCUGGUCCAUGUCGGGCAUUCAUUCCACGCUGGAGCUGGAGUAUGGCGAACGGUCAGUGUGAAAGAUUUAUCUACGGAGGCUGCGCAGGAAACGGAAAUAACUUCAUAACCCGGCAGCAGUGUGAGGACACCUGUGGUAACGCUGGAGGAGGAGGAGGAGUUGUAAAUCGUGUUUGUAUCUUACCGGAAGUAACAGGGCCAUGUAGGGCGAGCAUUCCUAGGUGGCACUUUAACCAGGCAACGAGAAGAUGCGAGAGAUUCAUAUAUGGGGGUUGCCAAGGCAAUGAAAACAAUUUUAAUACCUGGGGACAGUGUCAACGUGUAUGUGGUCAAAGAGCUGGAUAG